CAAUUCAUUCCACACCUUUUGAAAAAGCUCCUCAGCAUCUCUCUUAAUUUCCUUUGAAUACACGCCAUUUAUCAUCUCAUCCCUCUAUCUCUGUCUCUUCCAUCUAGCCAAAUUCCACCUACUUUUCACCCAUUUAUUUAAUUAAUUAUUAUAAUUACACAACAAAAUCCUAAUUGUAUUUCAAAAUUGAAUUCAAUCCAAUCCAAUUAAUUGAUCAUCAUAAGUUCAUAACAAAGCAAAAAAACAUACAAUAAAAAUGAUCGGUUCCAAUAAUGAACAAAAGUCAUCUAUUUACAAUCGAUCUUACACAAUUCACUCAACUUCAACCGAUUACCCUACAAAACCUUUUUUCAAUAACUCUUCUUCAUUCCAACGAUCUGAUUCCUUCAAACGCGAUUCAUCUUCUUUCGAUUCUAUUAAAGGCAAAGUUAAAAACCUGUGCAGCAUCUUCGAAGCUCGCCGAGGCCGACCUGCCAAACCAUCAUCCAACCCCCUGAUAUCAAAAACUGUCUCGAAAUCCGACACAAGAGCUGAUUCUAGUUCUUCUCUGGUUCGGUUACCUGGUACUGAAGACCGGGUUGUGGUUUACUUCACAAGUUUAAGAGGAAUCCGAAGAACGUUUGAAGAUUGUUAUUCGGUACGUAUGAUUCUAAAAUUCUUCAAGGUUUUCAUAGAUGAAAGGGACAUAUCCAUGGAUUCUAAUUAUAGGAAGGAGUUGUUGAGUGUGUUGGGUGAUCAUGGGAAAAACAAGAAUAUUGUUAGUUUGCCUCAGGUUUUUAUUAAGGGAAAUUAUGUUGGUGGGGCUGAUGUUAUUAAACAGCUUCACGAAACCGGGCAGCUUGCUAGACUGAUUAACGGACUUCCUGUUCGUUCCACUAAUGUGUGGCAGGUUUGUGAUGGUUGUGGGGAUGUUAGGUUUGUUCCGUGUGACAAUUGUAGUGGAAGUAAGAAAGUUUUCGAUGAAGAUGAGGAUGUCUUAAAGAGGUGUCCUGAUUGCAAUGAGAAUGGUUUGAUUCGUUGCCCAACUUGUUGCUCUUAAUUCAAUCCAUUUACUAUAUAUAUGACAUUAUACGUUACGGGCUUAGUUUCCUAAUCUAUAUCGGAUUUAUGAUAUGAUAUGAUUGUCAAAAGACAUAACUUGGAACCAGAGAUUGGAGCUCUGUGUUCCUACGCACACUGUUGAAUUUGGUGGUGCUUUUUUUUUUCUUUUUUUUUGUGUCUAGCUAGGGGUUGAGGGUAUGUAGACGUUCAUCCUCUUUAUGAACUAGGUUACGAAAUAAACCCCUACGCACUUGUUGUGUAUAUAGUAAGUAGUACUUGUGAAAGGGUAUAGUUGCCAGUUUGUUUGUGCAACUUACCGGGGCGUGUAUAUUUGAUUGUAAUUUGUUAUACGUACGUAGGUGCACUCUCCAUCUAGGAGAGAUGUAUUCAAUUGGUCCUUGGUUAGUGACUGACGAAGAUAAAUGAAAGAAUGCAAUCAACUUAAUGUUUUUAAUGUUAGUGUAUAUUGUAAGAAUUAUACGAGUAUAUGUUUAGGUUCAAGUUUGUGUA